AUGACCGUCCCAAUUCAGAAACUCCUAGCUGGUGAGCACGAACCGCUACUUCAGCCAGCCCCUGUAGCGCCAACCACCGGGGAAUGGAGCCCGCCAGCCGGAUUCGAGUGGAUCCAAGUGGCUAUCAUGUCCAAUGUCUUUCUGUAUGGGUUUGACGGGACUAUCACUGCGGCCACUUACGCAGUAAUCAGCUCUGAGUUUGACGCCGCCAACACCGCGUCCUGGCUGACAACGGCGUAUCUCGUCACCAGCACGGCCUUUCAGCCUCUCUACGGCCGGUUCUCGGAUAUCUUUGGUCGUCGAGUAUGCUUCUUUGUGAGCAGCAUUACAUUCGGUCUUGGCUGCCUAGGUUGCGGUCUCGCUAGUAAUAUAAUCUUACUCAAUUGCAUGCGCGCUCUGACUGGGUUCGGCGGAGGGGGUCUGAUGACCAUGGCCACUAUUGUCAAUUCCGACAUGAUUCCAUUUCGCAAACGAGGCAUGUACCAGGCCUUUCAAAAUGGAAUGUUUGGAUUCGGGGCAGUUGCUGGAGCCUCCUUUGGCGGAUCCAUCGCCGAUCACAUCGGCUGGCGCUGGUGCUUUCUGUUGCAAGUCCCCAUCUCCAUCAUGGCCCUUGCCCUCGGCGCCCUCGUGAUUAGAAACCCCGAGGGUGGAUUUAAUCCGGAUGACUCUUUAAAGGCUAUCUGGGCCAGGGUUGACCUUUCUGGGGCGUUACUCCUAGUUGUUGCAGUGUCCGUUCAAUUGGUAGGUCUAAGUCUGGGUGGGAACGAGCUGCCAUGGAGCAGCCCCUGGGUCGUCGGUUCACUACUCGGGAGCGUUGUUCUGUCGAUUGUCUUUUUGAUGAUCGAGGCGAAGACGACAGCGGUGCCCGUCAUCCCUUUGCGAAUGCUGCGUGGAAGCCUUCCCAUCUUAACACAAAUCUCCAAUGUCUGCGCGGGUGUUGCGGCAUACGCAUAUCUAUUCAUGCUCCCUUUGUUCUUUCAGGUCGUUCUACUGGAUUCGGCGAGCAAAGCAGGGGCUCGGCUCGCCAUUCCAUCACUUGCAACUCCGGUAGGCGGGUUAAUCGCCGGGGUAGUUAUGUCUCGUUGGGGCAAGCUCGUCUGGCUCGUGCGGCUCGGCGCCAUCCUCAUGUUGUUCGGGAAUGCCCUUGUGACCUCGUUGAAAUUUGAGGACUCUAAGUGGAAGUACAGCGUGUAUAUCUUUCCGGCCAAUCUCGGACAGGGUAUUAUAUACCCUGCCAUGCUCUUUACGUCCUUGGCAUCAUUUGAUCAUGCAGACCACGCCGUGUCAGCCUCUACCGUGUACUUAAUCAGAUCUCUGGGGACCGUUUGGGGAGUGGCCAUUACUUCUGCAAUUGUGCAAACUACCCUCAGCGCUCGGUUGCCUCAGGCCCUUAGUGAUGUACCGGAUAAACAGAGGAUUAUUGAAGCAAUUCGACAUUCCGUAACCGCCCUAAAGGACCUACCUAUGGAGAUCCAACAGCCGGCUCAGUUGGUUUAUUAUACGGGAAUCAAGUAUGCCUUCGGGGCAUCCACGGCGUUUGCCGGGAUUGCUUUUGUCACAUCUCUGUUUGCGAGCUCACGUGGACUUCGGAGUACACACAAAUAG